AUGGCCUUGAGCACAGUCGAGGGGGUGCCCAAUCUCUACGUCGGAGGACUAUGGGCCCUCCGUCGCUCUCAGUCCCUCCUGGACCGCAAAAUCACACACGUCCUCUCCCUCGUCUCCUUCAACCCUGGCAGUCUCAAAAACUUCAAGGACGAGCCCUUCUCCGAGUACGGCAAGCCCUUCAAGCACCUUCUUAUCGACAUUGACGACGUCGAGGACGAGGAUCUCCUCAUUGAGCUGCCCAAGGCCGUCAAGUUCAUCGACGAGGGCCUCCGCAGCGAGAGAAGCCGGCACCAAAAGUCCACCAGCGGUUCAUCAACAUCAGAUUCAGCACCAGCUUCACAAUCAGAUCAGCCUCCUCCGCAGGGCCAUCCCCGACGAGGAGCCGUCUUCGUCCAUUGCGCAGCCGGAAAGUCCCGGUCCAUCUCCGCCCUCAUUGCCUACCUCCUCUGGCGCUACCCGGACCGUUUCACCGGUCCCGCCGGCGCACAGCUGGCUUCGACUCUCGAAGGCCCCGAAGCCGACGAGUCCGUUGCCGAGCCUGUCCGUGCGGCCCUCGCCCUCAUCAAGCAGACGAGGCCCCUUGCGGAGCCCAACUCGGGCUUCAUGGAACAGCUUGACCUCUGGUGGCAGAUGGGCUGUCCCGCCGACGACGACAUUGAGACGCAGCCCAUCUACCAGCGUUGGCUGUACCAGCGCGCCGCCAGAGAGAGCAUCGCCGUAGGGCAGGCCCCAUCACAGCUCUGGUUCGAAGACGAGCAGACCGAAAAGCCGUCAGACUCGUCGUCUUCCGCCCCCACGCCGGACAGGAAGCUCCGCUGCAAAAAGUGCCGCCGCAUCCUCGCCACGGCCCCCUUCAUCGUGCCGCACAAGCCCCGCGAUGACUCUGCGGCGUCCUGCCAGCACUUCUUCAUCGAGCCCCUCAGCUGGAUGCGCGCCGAGCUGGAAAAGGGCGAGCUGAGCGGCCGGCUGUCGUGCCCGAACACCAAGUGCGGCGCCGGCGUGGGGCGGUACGACUGGAAGGGCUUCCCGUGCUCGUGCGGCUCGCGCGAGGACCCGGCCUUUUCGCUGCAGAAGGCGAGGGUCGACGAGGAGCUGUCCAGGGCCCCUCUGCGGAUGCCUCCUGGCCGAGGCGGCAACGGGAAUUUGUGA